AUAACAAUGGAUUUUCAAGCAGGAAAUACUUUUUAAAAAAGUAGCAGUCUCUGUAGUGAAUCAUCGAGGUUAUGAUUCAUUACCGGAAAAAAAUAAAUAAAAAUCUUUAUCAAAGAUUUUAUCCUUUUUUUUUGUUAAAUUGAUUGCAAUCUUGUAUGCUUUCGUUUCAGCUUCUUAGUUUAAAACUUCAAAAUUAUAUUUUGUUUAUUUGUUUUUCAUUUCAUUAUAUCAGCUGCAUUUUUCAAAAAAUUACAUGAGAUGGAAAAUGACUCAUAAAGCUGCUGAGUGAGUUAAACUGUUUCAUUUUUUUAUAUUGUGCUUUAUUAUGAAACUCUCUUUAAAAGAUAUUGAUUUAAGCAUGUAAUAAAAAAUAUUUACAGCAGUUGUUUUUUGUCUUUAAAUUACAAAGUUUCUAAGCUGUAUAACAUGUGUAAAAUAUCCAUGACAUAUUUUUAAAUUAACCAUUGUUUUCUGUUUUUAAUGAUGGUGCAAACAAUUUAUUAAAAAAAUUAAAUAAACAAAAUAAAAAACAGAGAUAUUGACCCUAACCAAAACUUAUCUGUAACAGAUGAUUCUCUUAAAUUUGCUAACCGGAAAUCUGUAUAAGAUUUGAAAUUCAAACAGUGAAAUGUAGAGUAAAGUGCUGUCUAGAAAUUGUAGAUGGCAGUAAUGUUUCUAAGUAAUCGUAAAUACUUUUCAUAAAGAAGAAAUGAAUUUUGAUUAUAAAGAUUUUAUUGUAAGGUUUGAUUUUCACUGUGAAACUGCUAUGAAAGAUAACCCUUAUGCAACCCACCACCUCCGUUAACGACCAAUUUUCUAAGACGUCAAUGUUUUCUCAUAUUGACUGCAUGUCAAAAAUCCUCUAUAAGAGACUAAGCAGCCCUUUGUCAGGGGCCAAGCUAUCUCUUAAACUGAACGUUUUCUUGCUUUUUCCCUUGUUAUAUAUUAAUCAAUUUAUUUUUGAAUAAAGGCAUAAAUAUUUGAUGUUUUCCUUGCAUGGGUACAGAAAGCUUUCAAAAAAAAAAAAGGGAAAAAAAAAGCUUCAUGUUAAUUUCUAAAAACAUGAAAGAUAAGAAUAGGAAUCUCCUCAAAACUAAAAAUUAAUUUUCAACAAGUUGCUAUGGAAAUAAUCAAAAAAAAAAAAAAAAAGAAGGAAAAAAAUAAAAGAAUUUAUUUAACAUACUGCAAAAGUUGGUGCAUUGCAUGUGCUUUAAAAGAGUUGAAAAAGAUUUUCUAAAAGAUGCAACAGUUCUUAUAAGCAAAAUUCAUUAAGUAAAAGCAUAAAUGAUAGCUUAAAAUAUUUUUGUUAUUAAUUGUAAUUGUCAUUAUUUAAACAAUCCAAUAUUGACUCUUUAAGCAACCAUCUCUCUUAAUAGCUAAUAUUUUUUAAAAAUAACAGUUGAUCAUUCUCAAAAAAAUUUACUCUAUGAAGGCUUUGAUUUAAAGUAUUAUAAUUAUUUUUAUGCUGUGAUAUACUAUAUCGUAAAUCCGACAUUAUAAUUUAAUUUUUAGCUCUGCCGUUUAUUAAAGAAUUGUUUAAAAAACUUAUACUAUUUCGAUUUUGUCGGAUCGUGUUUCUGUGGGUAGGUCUAGAUCUGAAGAGCUGUAUACUAACACUAAAAUAUGAACCUCAAACUACCGUGAGUAGUGAAAUGUAUUCAUCCUAAUGAUCUAUCAUUUAAAAGUAUGUCACUGGAUGUUUUCUCUGUAUACUAAUGCACGAACCAGCUGAAGUAUUGCCUUACAUGGAAAUCUGUGGCCAGAUAUUUUAAGUGUGCACUGUGGAUCUUGGCGAGGGAGUUUGCUGUUGGGUGGGGGCUUUUUUCCUGCAUUAUAAUCACACCUUAUCGUUUUUCCUUGAAGGCUUCAUCCCUGUGGAAGAUAUGUUUGAACCUGUGGGUCAACAAACUUGUUUCUCCUAUUGCGUAUGGAUCUUGGAGAAUGUCCAAAGCUUCAUGAUUUAGCAUUGAGGGCGGACUAUGAAAAUGCUUCUCAGAAGAAAGAUUAUUUCUAUGAUGUUGAUGCUAUGGAACACCUUCAAAAUUUUAUAAAUGAAUGCGACCGCAGAACAGAGCAAGCUAAGAGACGAUUAGCUGAAACUCAAGAGGAACUUAGCUCUGAAGUAGCUGCAAAGCUAAACCGAGUGCAUGAACUUGCAGAAUCAAUUGGUAAAAAACUCGCUCUUGCAGAAAAGCUAGGCGCUGAUGGAAACGUAGAAGAAUCUAUGAAAACCAUGGAAGAAAUUGAAGAGUUCAGAAGACAGAAGAUUCUUGCAGAACAAGAAUAUCGGAACUCCAUGCCUGCCUCCAGCUACCAGCAACAGAAACUGCGAGUGUGUGAAGUAUGUUCUGCUUAUUUGGGAAUCCAUGACAACGACAGACGUCUUGCCGAUCACUUUGGCGGGAAACUUCACCUGGGUUUCAUAACCAUUCGAGAAAAACUUGAGGAACUUAAGGCUGUGGUAAAUGAGAAGCGUCAGAAAGGUCGCAUGGAUCGAGAUCGAGAUUACAACAGAGAGCAAGAAAGGGGCCGGGACUGGGGUAAUAAAUACAUGAAUCGUGAACGCAGCAGAAGCAGAGGUCGCUCUAGGCGUCACAGGUCCCGCUCCACUUCCAGGGAGAGACCACGCAAGAGAUCUCGCUCUCGCUCGGAAGAGCGCAAGAAACGGCACCGCAGGCGUUCUGGAUCUCGAGAGCGCAGGAGGUCUCGCGAGGGGAGGAGCCAUCGAAGAGAGAGGUCUGGUGACAGACAUUCCAAAGACAAAAAAAGGAGCCGCUCCAGAGAACGCAGGCGCUCCCAUUCUGCUGGAAAUGAGAAAGAUGAAAACAGUUUGGAGGAUUAAAAUUUGUUAAAGAAAAGCAUAAUCUUGCUGUCAAUUUCAUAGCUUCUCAAUAAAUUAUGUGUAACUUCUGUUGGAAUCCCUGUUAUCCUAUUUUAGUCUUGAAUUUUAUCUUAAAGACAUUUAAGAGGACAUGGUUUUCCAUGUAUGGUGACAAAUUUCAUUAUGUAUGGUUUCUAGAUGUUUUUAAUUAAAAUAUAAU